AUUGAGGCUUGAUUUUAGAAGGAGUCACUGUCAACCCAUGGAUCAGAGGCUCAAAUGACACCUCUAUACAUAGGAAUGUAAUGCAAAUGUCAAUUGGAGUGGUUCGUGCGAAAGAGUGUUAAUGGCCGUCGCAAUCCAGAAACUCAAAAUCCCUUCUAUUUUCUCUGUAAUCGCCAAACUCUCAUAUUCGAGAUCACCCCAUAACAAUCUUCAUUAUGAUUCUUCUGUGGCCGACAACCUCGUCUCCGUCUUCACCCAACAACCCAACGCCGCCGGGCCCGAACUCAACCUCUUCGCUCCCAUCCUCACGCCUCCCCUUGUCGAGUCCGUUCUCACGCGCCUCCCCACUUGGAAACUCGCCCUCUCCUUCUUCCAGUGGGCCUCCGAUCAACACCAGUAUGGCUACCGCCAUAAUUGUUACACCUACAAUACCAUCGCCUCUAUCUUCUCCCGCUCCCGCCAAACCACCCAUCUCAAAACGGUCGUCAAACAGCUCGUGGAGUCCGCUCCUUGUUCCUUCACGCCCGGUGCCUUGGGCUUCCUCAUUCGGUGUUUGGGCGAAGUGGGCCUUGCGCAGGAGGCCCACCACCUGUUCGAUGAAAUGCGGGUGAAGGGUCUUUGCGUUCCCAAUGUUUACUGCUACAACUGCUUGUUGGAGGCUCUGUCCAAGGCCGGGGAGGUUGAUUUGGUGGAGGCUAGGUUGGAGGAGAUGAAGGGGUUUGGAUGGGAAUUUGAUAAGUUCACGCUGACGCCUGUCGUGCAAGCUUAUUGCAAAGCUCGCAGGUUUGAUCAGGCUCUGAGGGUUUAUGAUGGGAUGAAGGAAAAGGGUUUGAUUGAUGCGCGUGUUUGCUCUGUGCUGGCAUUGUCGUUUUCCAAGUGGGGGGAUGUGGAUAAAGCGUUUGAGUUGGUGGAGAGGAUGGAUGGACAGGGGGUGAGGCUAAGUGAGAAGACUUUCUCUGUUUUGAUUCAUGGGUUUGUCAAGGAGGAUCGGGUUGAUAGGGCCCUUCAGUUGUUUGAGAAAAUGUGUCGGGUUGGCUUCACUCCUCCUGUUUCAUUAUUUGAUGUUCUCAUUGGAGGACUGUGUAAGAGUAAUGAUGCUCAGAGAGCUCUGAGCUUGCUUUCGGAGAUGAAGCAGUUUGUGGUUGCCCCAGAUAUUGGAAUCUUUACGAAGUUGAUAUCGGCUUUUCCAGACAGAAGUGUGAUUACCAAGUUGCUGGAAGAGGUUCUGGAAGAUAAAGAGGAGAAAAUUCUCGUUUUGAUUUACAAUGCUGUUUUGACUUGUUAUGUUAAUGAGGGACAGGUGGAUGAAGCCUGCCGCCUUCUUCAGAUGAUGAUUCAGAGCAAAUUCACUGAUGUCGAGAUGGAUGAUUUCUUCAAGGACAAGAGAUUGGUUUUCCCAAAUGCCGCUUCCUUUAGCAUCGUGAUUGAUGGCUUACUCACAAAUGGUCAGUUGGACCUCGCUCUAAGUCUUUUCAAUGACCUUAAACAAUUUGUUGGUAGGCCAAGCGUUUUGAUUUACAACAAUCUGAUCAAUGGUCUCUGCGAUUCUGAUAGAUUGGACGAGAGCCGUGAGCUGUUGAGAGACAUGAAAGAAUCAGAAAUUGAACCAACUCAUUUCACUUACAACUCAAUUUAUGGAUGCCUGUGUAAAAGAAAAGAUGUCGUAGGAGCUAUCGAUAUGUUGAAAGUGAUGCGUGCUUGUGGGCAUGAACCGUGGAUAAAAAAUUCCACCCUUCUUGUGAAAGAACUGUGUGAUCGUGGCCGGGCUGUAGAAGCAUGCGAUUUUCUUGACAGCAUGGUUCAGCUAGGUUUCCUUCCUGACAUAGUUUCCUAUUCUGCAGCAAUGGGGGGUUUGAUCAAGAUUCAAGAAGUGGACCGAGCAUUGAACUUGCUCAGGGAUUUGUGUUCUCGUGGCCAUUGUCCUGAUGUGGUGGCUUUUAAUAUAGUGAUCAGAGGGCUCUGCAAGGUCAACCGAGUUGCAGAAGCUGAAAAAUUGUUGGAUGAGAUUUUUGUAAAGGGCCUCUGUCCCUCAGUUGUGACUUACAGUCUGCUUAUAGAUAGUUGGUGCAAAAGUGGUUCUGUUGAUAGGGCGAUGUCUCUUCUGUCGAAAAUGUCUGAAGAAGACAGGGAGCCCAAUGUCGUCACUUACUCAACUUUGGUGGAUGGGUUUUGCAGAGAAGAAAGGCCUGAUGAUGCACUCUUGGUUUGGAAAGAGAUGGAAAGAAAAGGUUGUUCUCCUAAUCGAGUUGCUUUUAUGGCACUUAUUUAUGGUCUUUGCAUUUGCAAGAGGCCAUCUGCUGCACUCCAUUAUUUACGCGAGAUGGAACAGAAAGAAAUGAAGCCCGACUCGUUCAUUUAUAUUGCAUUGCUCAGUGCUUUUCUGUCUGAUAUGGACUUGGCCUCUGCAUUUGAGAUUUUUAAGGAGAUGGUUUAUUCAGGAUUUUUCCCAGAAUCCCAUGAUAAAAGUUACCCCGUUGUGAUGGAUGCAAUAGACAAAUUUUCCAAGGAUCACAGAACAUCCUCUGGUAUGAAAGUUUUAAGUGAAGAGGGCAAACUUCCUACGCAUUGCUUGAUAAACGUCGGAUUAUAAAGGUUAAUCAAAUUGUUUAUGCCACUGCCAAAGGAAUGUUACAUCGGACAAGUAAAAAUUGAAGCAUUUGAAAAGAAACAAAUGUACACAAAAAGAAAGGAAAAGAAGCUUUGAAGUCCAGUAGCAUCCAGAAGCACAUGGCCCAACACGCAAUGGGGGUGUCUAGGCUUGGAGCUGGAGGUGACGUCUAGCAAGAGGGAGCUCUCGGAUCCAGCAUUCCAGCUUGGAAGCACGGAGGUAAGCAAGUCCAGCUUGGGGGGAGAAUAAGCAGCUACCGAGAGAAGCCACCACUCUCUGGUUUUUGGGGGGUUUUUCGUCCAGGAGGAGAGUAGCCACCACCGAAAGGGAGAGUAGAGUUGGAGAGAUGGAAGGUUACGGGUGAGGGCUGGGGCACUAGCUGAAGCCGCCACUUACAUGUUUUUUUUAGAUGGAGCUUUCUUAAUGUUUUGAAGGGGGCCUGGAAUGGGAAGCACGGUUAUGUGCUCCAGCCGCCACAUUUACUGAGUUUUUUUUUCUCUUCCUGAACGUUUGGAUUUUGAGAGGAAAAAUUGUGAACAUUGUUACGGUUGAAUGAAAAGCAUCUACUUUAAUUUUAUAUUGCUGAUUUUACACAUUGCCAUUUUCAUUUGGUUCAUGCAUUUUCUUUAUUGAGGUUUUUAAUCUAUCCAUGAAAGAGUAACGUUGGUGUGCACGGUAUCCAGCAGAAGAAGCCUGCACCGUCCAUUCCAGAAAAACUCACGGUCUUGCUGCACAGAGGAAAAACAAUCCAGCUCUUCACGCUACAGCUCACUGCCACACAUGAAGAAGCAAGCAAAGAAUGCAGCUCCCAUCUAGCACAUCUGGCAGCAACGUCCAAAUCCAGCAAGCUUGAAGAGAAGAGUGUCACGGCCCUGGUCCAGUGUUGGAAACGGAAGAGAAGAUGGAAGCUUGUAUAGGAGUAGGAGUAGGGUAGAGGCUUCCUAGUUUUCGGCUCUGUGUAAUUUUUCCCCCUCCCCCUUGGGGAGGUUUGGGGUUUCUUUUCCAUUUCCAGUGAUCAAUAUGAUGUGAUGUUAGUAUAAUUUCUUGUUUUCUGUAAUGAA